CCACAUCACACAGUCACCAGUGUCAUCCAACCGCUCUACACACGCCCUCACACACGCACUACUAUAGCCGUCAGAGGGUCAUCUCUGCUGCCGCAUCGGUCCCAUGAACGGCGGCUGGAACAGCACGCCGGCAGGGCGGCUGGCCGUCAUCCGCUCACUCAGUGGAGACACAGCCUGCAUAACACCGCCACACACCCCCCACACCCCCCACACACACACACCAGAUCACUUGAUGCAAUGACUGGAUGUGUGUGCGGUUUUCUACGAUGGCCUUACCCGAUGCUGGCUCGCCGUCGGCACAUUGCGUGUGGUGGUGGUGGUGGUGGUGGUCAUGUACUGCGGCACCCGUGCGCCCAGCGGCCCCGGCGCGACGCCGAUGUAGCCCCCUCCGUGAUGCAGACGCGCCGACGACACCGGCAGAGGCGACACACAACUGACAGACAACAAGACAAGACACCACACACAAGACACACACACACACAAGCUGUCUCUUUCGGCUUCCCUUUCUACGUGCGACGUGUCCACCGACCGCAUUAGGUUCUGAGCCAUGUGUAUCUGAGCAUGGCCUGGCCGGUGGCCGACGAAGGGCGUGAUGGACCGGGGCAGAGCCUGUGGGCCGAUCUGACCUACAGAUGCAGUGGCUGCGGUGGCUGCUGGUGCUGGUGCUGCUGUGACGGGCAUGGCAUAGUGCUGGGGGUGUAGGUGGGGAUGGUUGGUCGCGUGUGCGUGUGGGAAUUGCCGCGUCUGGAAGGUCACUCCUGCCGUGGACGACGCCGGCUCAGGUGCAGCCUGACUGCUGUCACACAGACACAGACACAUACAGCAGAGAGGACAGGACAGGCACACACAGUUUCUUCAGUCUCUCUUGAGGGUCGUAAGAUUUUUCCACGAUCCUACAUGAAGGGUGCCUCCCAUAUCAGCCUCUGUGGCAGCCCUGCCCCAUCAACACCCCUCUCGCCGACCCCCUGGCCCCCUGCUGCUGCCGCUGCCCCUGCCGCCCCUCCCCCCACACCCCUCGACAUCGUGCCUUGCUCGACAACAGGCGCAGAGAUCGACUUAUCCCCCGACCCACCUGCCCCUCCCCCUCUCCCAUCCAGCCCCCGAGGGACCAAUGCUGCUGCCGCUGCUGCUGUUGCUGCUGCUGUUGCUGCCGCAAGCCGCUCCCUCUCGCCCCCUGGUGCAGGAAGUCGCUUCUUGUUGGUGGGCGACUUGGGCUGCUGGUGUCCCUUGUGUCGGGCUGUGGUCUUGGCGCCUGAAGAAGGGCUCUUCUGUGUGUGGGAGUCGGGCUGCUCGCGGCGACGAAGAGGGGUGGGGUAGCGGGGAGCCGGGGAGCUGCCUCGGUGUGCACCACCUGCAGCACAGACAGGAAAGGAGCCAUGGGUGGGUGGCCUGGCAUACCGGGAGGAUUGUUGGUGCGUGCUCGUGUGUGUGUACCUUUGAAUCUGAAUGGCGAGUCUCCCCCUCCCCCUCCACCACCUGUGAUGCCGCCAUGCAAACGGCUCAUUGGCGGGGCACCCAACGUCCCUCGUGUCAUUGGCGGAUUCGUACCAGGGGAAGGGAAGGGCAACAUUCGUCGCCCCAGCGCCCCUCCCCCUUCCCGCACGGCCGCCCUCCCACCUAUGGUCCCUCUCCCCGGCACCGGAAAGGCAGACGGCGACCGGUUGUUGGCCACUGCUGCCGCAGGACGAUUGCCCCCCGCUGCUGGCGGGGACAUGGCCCGACGCUGGGCGGCUACGGGGGACGGCAGGUUCGCGGUGCGUUUGCCCGCUUUGGUGUCUGGAGGUGGGGGACUGCCGCGAGCGCCAGCGCCGCCCGGCAGCAGCAGCUGGGGCGCCUUGGUCUUGGGUCGAGUGCCGGUGCCAGUGCGUGUGAGGUCCAGUGGGGAGAGGUUGCGCGCCUUCGACUGCGUGGGCCGGCCACCACCCCCACCCGCACCCACUCGUGGUGCCCCCAUCCGUAUCGCGGGAGGGCUGCCCGACCUGGCGGCCACACGUCGCGGACGGCUCCCUGCUGACCCCGAUGACGUCGUGGUGUCCUGGCCGCCCUCAAAGGACAGGCUUGGUCGCUGCUGCUGCUGCUGCUGCUGGACGUCAUGCUCGAUCGGCAGAUCACCCACAGGCAGCUCCACACCCACGGCCUGCUCGGCGUGGACAAUACCAGGCCGCGACGCAGGCCGAGGCGGGAGGAGGGCGUUGUGGUCGCUCUUCUGCGGCACUGUGGUGGUCUGUGUAGUGAGGGCGGCGCCAGCGGUUUUGUUGCUGGCGACCAGGAUGCGCUGGACCACACUGGCGGGGCUGUCAGUGAGGGAAUGGGAGUGUGAGGGGCCGGGGGUGGGCUGUGGCUGUGGGUGGGAGAGGGGGUGGUAGGUGUGCACCAUCUGGGGAAGGGGGAAGCCUCGGGGCACCUGCAAACCAAGAGAGACGACUGUAGCCGAUGCUGCAGGAAGGAGCAUUGGGGUGUUUGUUGUUUGUGUAUACCUGUGGAGGGAUCUGUUGAGGGUGGCUGUGUGUGGCGUGCUGUGGAUACUGCCGCUGCUGCUGCUGCUGCUGGUGCUGCUGCUGCUGGAAUUGGUACUGCUGAUACUGCUGGUGUUGGUGUGGCAUCAACAUGCCGGCAGCAGGUGGGAGUGAGUGAGCAGCAAAGAACCUCCCGCCAUACGGCAUCUGAGGCGGCGACUGCAUACCACCAAGUAGUAGGGCAAGGAGGGUGGAUGCACCAAGACACAUGCUAUGGUUGGCUGGCUGGCUGUAAAGGGUGCUUACCUGUGGCUCGCGCCGAGCGGGCGGCAUGGGCAGUGCGUUGGUCGUGCGGGGAACGUUCCAAGUCGCAUGCAGCCCACCCUGGCAAGCACACAUAAAGAGACAGUGCAGUGCAGAUUCAUUCAUUCAUUCCCCUUCCGUCUCACUUGGUGUUGUUGCUGCAUGGUAGACUGGUAUGAGUUGUGUGGCUGCAUCGCCUGGCCCCCCUGCCCGCCGCCCUGCGACCCCUGAGACAUCCACGACGCCGUACGCGGCAGACCCUCAUUUUGCUGCUGCUGAUGGCGCAGGUGGUGAGGCUGCUGAUGGUGGUGGUGGUGGGGAAGGUGCCCGCCCAAAGGCGGUGGCGAGAGCACCGCCCCCCGCCCCCCGCCAAUCCCGCCAAGCUUGGGCGCCAUGACGAGCGGCCCCUGGAUCUUCAUCUGCUCGGCAAAUCGCCCCAUGAGGCCUGCAUCGGCAUGCGAGGCGCCUUUGGGUGCUUUUGGUGUGGGAGCGGGGUGGGCCUGGGCGUCCUCCUCGACACGCGCCAGUCGUGGGUGGUAUCUGGCGUGAGGGUGAGGGUGGGGGUGUGCGUGAGGUAGGGGCAUGUGGCCGCUUUGCUGUGCUGAUGCGAGUAUGGCGCCUGAGGGUUUGUCCAUGCGGCAGAGGUCGUGCAUGUACUGGUUGUACUUCUCGGGGAUCAGCGGCACCUCCUGCAGUGCAGUGAGGGGUGGGGGAUGGGAUGCAAGGAACCGAAUCGCAUCAGCCCUGUGUGGGGGUGGGUAUCGGUCCCACAGCUCCCCGACUUACCUGUAGCAGCCGCCUAGCCCGGUGCCUUUUCUCUUGCUCGUCGCUCGUCGCUCUUCUGCGAUCCUCACGACCACUGACACACACACACAGACAGACAGACAGACAGACAAGCCAAAGAGGAGACACAGACGGUCCAAUGCAAUAUCGCCUCCUUUUCCCGUUCGUGCCGCGCACCUCUCCUCUGGAGCAUCGUCCUCCCUGCUGAUGAGCGGUGGCGAUCCUCUGUCGCUGAGUCCGGCCGACCCGCUGGAGUUGCUGUCGAACCGAAGGCGCUGCAGGUGCUCGGGGAUGGCGUCCAUCGUCUCGCGCGAGGCGUCACGAAGAAACGGAUGGUUCAGGGCAUCUUGCACGCUCCUGCAAGGCAGCCAUACACACUCACGCACACACAGACUGCCCGCCUCUACGUGGGUUUGUGUGUGUGUUGGGGUUUACAUCCGCCGUGGGGCUUCCACUUGGAGCAGCCGCAUGAUGAAGUCUGAAAAAAGGGGAGAAAGAAGGAGGAGCACAGGACGGCGCAGAGAGUGGUGGCGGCCCACUGGGUGCGGUUGGUGUGCUGUGUGUGUGUGUGUGUGUGUAGGUACCCUUCGCGGCCGGGCUGAGACGGUCUUGCACGCCCAGACGCUGAAACACGCGCUCAUGGUGGCCUGCAGCCAUGCACACACACACGCACACACACAGGGAGAGAGGAGAGAAUUCCAUCUCAACUACUUCCGAUAUCUCCCUUGUGUGUGGAUGUGACCGGCGCGGAAGUCGGGCCACCUCCAGUCAUCCCGGGGAUGAUCAGUGGGAUGAGCAUUCUGACAGGGAAGAGAAGAAACUGUGUGUGUGGUCUCUCUCUUCGUCUGUCUGUCUGUCUGUGUAUGCACGUCGAAGAGUUCGAUUGCGAAGAGGAGGUAGAAGGUCGACCAGCCGAGACACCAGCUGUCCACACGACUGGCGAAGUACGGAAUCCCCUGCACACCACCAACCACCACACACACAGACAUUCAUGCAUGACGCACACGUGCGUGGUGGGUGUGGGGGUGGCAAGACCGACCUCGCGGUGCACUUCGGGCGGUCUGAACUUCUUGCCGAUGCAGCCCCGGUAGUCGACAGGCACCUCAACGCCGUUCGGAGCCAUGAGGAAGCGCACAGCCUGACCCACACACCGCAUCCAUCACACACAUCACACAGCAGGCCAAUGGCACUGUGCUCAGUGAGUGGGCAGUCGGACGUACCUGUCCUGGGUCGCAGAUGCGCACGUGGUACUUGCCAUCGGGUGUGAGGAACAGCAGACAGUUCUCCAGGCUAAAAUCUUGCAUCGCCAAACCUGAUUGAUGCAGCAGUACCGACAGACAGACACAUGGUGAGUGAGUGUUGUGUGUGGAGGAGGAGCGUGUUGUGCGCGUUGUCUUGUGCGUGCCCUGUGAGUGCAGGAAAGCGAGCCCCUCAGUGGCCUGCCGGAGGAAGGUGCGAGCAUACUCCUCCGGCAGACCGCACUUGUGCUUCUUCAACUGCACCCACCAUCAGCACCAGCCACACACAGAGAGAGAGAGAGAGAGUCAGUCCGUCUUUCCAGGCAUGCACGCCGCCCUUGAGCGUUAGUUCAUCCAGCUGACCAGUUCGAGAAGGUCAUCUCCCGUGGCAAGGUCACUCACCACGAAAUGGCACUUCUCGUCCUCAAACACCUCGCUAACGGCACGUAUGACACACACACACACGCCGUGCACCCCAUGUCAUUAUUAUACGUCGUGUGGCUGCUGGUCUGAUCCACCCCUCACCCACCCACCGGAUGGACAUGACAUGUGGGUGCCCCUGGAGCAGGCGCGCGAAGAACACCUCGGCCAAGGGGGUCUCGGGCAGCUGUCGGUCCUUCUCCUUCUUGCCUAUCAGGUCCUGCACACCACACACAGCCAUGAUAUGACCACGAUCUGGUCUGGUGCUGCUGCGGUGGUGCCUUUGGUGGUCAGACUUGCCGACCGACCUUGUGUAGGACUUUGAUGGCCACAUCGUCGGUGGUGACGUUGCCGACGCCCUUACACACCUUCCCAUACAAACACGACUGCACACACACACACACACACCGCCGGUAAGACGCAUCACAGAACCGCAGAAACACAUGCAUGGGUCGCACACCACACACUGCAAACGCCGUUUCUGGCAGGCAGACCUGGAGGACUUUCUUGAUGGUGUACUCUUCUAUCCCGCCAUAGAUCACCCUCUCGAGCAGAUUCUUCUCCUUGAGCUCCUCAGGCUCCUCCUCCUCAACAACAACCAACUCUGACAAUGAUGAAUGACGACCGAAAAACAGAAAUUUUGAACCUCGCCAUAGCGUCUGCCAUUCCUGCGAGGUUCUCUGCCUUACCAUGCAUUGGUACGUUGCUGCCAAGGGCAUGGUAACCAUGAUAAUGAUAGUGGAACGGCACUGGGAGUGGCGGAUGCAGUUGUGGAUGCGGAAAGUACUGCGCAAACGGGGCGCCGCCUAUCAUCAUGUUGUCACUGGCGGCAUGCGAUGAUGGAAUCCGCGCACUCUCCC